AGCAUUCUCAUUCAUUAACACAUUAAAGAGCCAAGCUAUAAAGGAAGGCUAACGCGGAAUAAUAAUGCCUUCAAUCAUUGUUGGAGAUGAUAAACCCUAUUCUUUGAGCCUCAAUCCCAUUCUUUCUGCGUCAGGGGUGAAGGGCAAACCAGUAACUUCAUUAUGCCAAGAAAGUGAUGGCAUCCUUGGUUACAUUCAAUCAGUGAUUCACGAGAAACCAGAAACUGAAUCACCCUUUAUGGUUCUUGAUUUAGGGGUGGUGAUGGACCUCAUGGACCACUGGUCCAGAAUGCUUCCAACGGUUCAACCAUUCUAUGCGGUGAAAUGCAACCCUAACCCAUCCCUGCUUGGAACACUGGCAGCACUGGGUUCCAGUUUCGACUGCGCCAGCAAAGCAGAGAUCGAAGCCGUGUUGUCCCUUGGCGUCUCGUCGGAUCGAAUCAUCUACGCUAACCCAUGCAAAUCAGCGUCCCACAUUAGUUACGCUGCAAGCGUUGGAGUCAACAUCACAACCUUUGACUCUAAAGAAGAGGUAAAAAAGAUUCGAAAAUGGCACCCAAACUGCCAGCUUCUCCUUCGUAUAAAACCGCCACAAGACAGUGGAGCGCGAAACUCCUUGGGUUUAAAAUACGGUGCACUACUGGAGGAAGUUCCAGUGCUACUCCAGGCUGCACAUGAUGCAGGAUUAACUGUCAUCGGAGUUUCCUUCCACAUUGGGAGCGGAGGAGCUGACGCUAAAGCAUAUCACGGAGCCAUUGCUGCUGCGAAGAGUGUGUUAGAAACGGCUUCAAAACUAGGCAUGCCAAAGAUGCACGUGCUCGAUAUUGGUGGCGGUUUCAGUUCUGGCACAGAGUUCGAUGCGGCUGCAAUUCACGUGAACGAUGCUCUUGAAGCCAACUUCGGAAACGAAGAGGGCAUUACGGUAAUUGGCGAGCCUGGCCGUUAUUUUGCUGAAACGGCUUUUACGUUGGCAACAAAAGUAAUCGGGAAGCGCGUGAGAGGAGAGUUGAGAGAGUACUGGAUCAACGACGGGAUUUAUGGAUGUUUGAACUGCAUAAUGUUUGAUUUCGCUCGCGUCACGUGCACGCCACUCAGGUGCAGCUCAAAACAUGACGGAGAGAAAGAGUCCAAAACUUACUCUUCAACUGUGUUUGGACCAACAUGUGAUUCCUUAGAUACAGUGCUAAGAGAUCACCAGCUUAUGGAGUUGGAAUUGGAAGAUUGGCUUGUUUUCCCUAAAAUGGGGGCGUAUACUAUUUCUUCAGGUACCAACUUCAAUGGGUUUAGCACAUCAGCCAUUCCGACAUACCUUACAUAUUCAGCCACCUUCGUCCAAGAAAAAACUAUGUUCUAAACAACUCUUUAUAUAAUUCGUGCAAAAUAAUU